ACCCACCAACCUACGACCUAUAUUCCGCGCAACAUCGCGUCCUCAUCUUAGCAGCGCAGACGACCGAAGAGAACCGGAGCGAUUUAUCCUGCGGAUCGCCAACUAACGGUUCGAGCGACGAAACCGCGGAUCGUUUCAUCGCAAAAGCGAGGCCCGGUGUAACCAUCAAGAUUACCGGCCGCGGCGGUUGCGCCAAGUACUGUGGUACAGCUCCAUCACCCGGCAACAUUUCAUUCUCCAGUUUUCGUCAGUCCUUCACCUCCAAUGUCAACUACCUGAAACGGAGGUUCUCGUCGGGGGACCUGAGCUCGGAGCUCGACGAUGAGCCCAACGCGGAUCCUGGGAUGGCCACCGGACUCGUGGGCCGGCAGGACUCGUCUCAGCCGUAUCAAGCGGUCCCGGACCGACCAUUGCAGUCCCAACCGGGCCCGAUACCGCCGCCGUCCCAGCCACCCAUCCCGGGUGCGCCACCUCAGGGACCGCCGCAACCCAUCGGCGGCGAUCUCAGCCUCAACCUGAGACCCGGCUCGCGAACCACCAGCGCGCCCUCUUCGCCGGCCAAGACGCGGGAGAGCCUGCUCCAGCGAGUGCAGAGCUUAACCGGCGCCGCUCGCGACCAGGGUGCUUCUAUUUUGGGAGCGGCGGUAUCUGGCGCGACCAGAGGCCCGUCAUACAGCAAAGACCGAUGCUUCACUCUGUUGGUGAUCGACGACCAAAACACCGACUGGAGCAAAUAUUUCCGGGGUCGUAGACUGCACGGCGAUUAUGAGAUUCGCGUGGAGCAGGCGGAAUUUCGCGAACUGUCCCUCACAGCGAGCGAGGCAGGCACCAUUGUGUCUAUGGCUGUCUAUCGUAACGGGACCAAAGUCAUUCGAUCCUUCAAGCCUGAUUUCGUAUUGAUACGACAAAAUUUGCGCGAUGCUGGGGAAGAUUAUAAAAAUCUCCUUCUCGGUCUGAUGUACGGCGGCGUACCUAGCGUUAAUAAUUUUACGGCAAUUUACAACUUCCAGGACAAACCAUGGGUAUUUGCGCACCUGCUGGGUUUACAACGUCGUUUGGGUAAAGACAACUUCCCGCUGAUCGAACAGAGUUAUUAUCCCCAUCAUCGUGAAAUGGUAAGCGCAUCUCGAUAUCCCGUCGUGGUGAAACUGGGCCACGCUCACGGUGGGACUGGCAAAGCUCGUGCGGAAACAAAUCAAGAAUUUCUAGAUCUCGCCUCGCUGGCAGCUAUGGCGAACACUUACUGCACGGCGGAACCUUACAUCGACACUAAAUACGACGUGCACGUGCAGAAGAUCGGAAAUAAUUACAAGGCUUUCAUGCGAAAAAGCAUAAGCGGCAACUGGAAAUCGAAUACCGGUUCGGCUAUGCUGGAGCAGCUUUCUGUCAGCGAGCGACAUCGCACAUGGGUCGACCACGUGGCGCAAUUAUUCGGAGGAUUAGAUAUCUGCGCGAUCGAACUGCUGGUAGGCAAGGAUGGUCGGGAGCAUAUAAUCGAGGUCAACGACAGCGCGCUAUCAUUAAUGGGAGACUCCCAGGAAGAGGAUCGACGUCACAUCGCGGACCUGGUCACUGCGAAGAUGCAGGUUUACUGUCGGCCACCGAGUGUGUUGACCAAGACGGCCUCGCGAGGCUCGAUGUCAGGUUCUAGCCAGGUGACUAGUCCAGUUCAGGAAGAUCGAACUGCACCGCCACCAGUACUUGGAUCUCACGGAAGUAUGGGUUCGAUGGCUAGUAUAGGAAGUUUAGGCUCCGCAGGUUCCACCGCGCCGAUAUCGAGUGACGUCACUGCCUCGGACAGUCAUCAUCAAUUACAGCGGCGAGAUUCUCAAGCUUCUCAAUCGAGCACAGUGAGCAGUGCGCCCUCGGUUGGUCGACGUCCUGAGGAACCGCCAGCGAUACCCUUGACAUCCAGAAUUCCGUUCCACCGGCAAGGCAGCCAGUCGCAGACCCAGGGCGAGGACACCGAGGACACGAUGAAGAAUUUGCGCAAGACCUUCGCCGGGAUUUUGGGGACAUGUAGGCCACAAGAUACGGCCGACGUAGCGAGAGCGUAGACGUCGAACUCUCUCGCCCUGAGGUAGCUAAUGAUAACAAGUCGGCAACGUUAACACGAACUCACGAAUUACUUCGACGAUCCCUAAGCAUGUUCGACGAUUGAGACUCGACGUGACUCAAUUGAGCAAAUCUUACAUGAAUAUCGGAGCAUGUAGAUAUAUAUCUAUAUAUUUGCAGAUUAUCGUAGAAAAUUCUCGCGCGAAAUUGCAUGCCGCGCAAAGUGCAACUAUUAAUCGUUCGAAUUUAAUCGAAUAAAAUUAUUGGAAAAUUACAGACCAAGCGGGAUAGAUUGAGAUUGGGAAAGAUAAAAAAAAUGACGGAGAGACCGGAAUUUCCCGUGUUCAACGAUUUAUUUAAGCUAACGCGCCGUAGAUAGAUCCUGUAUAUUGAGAGAAUCAUGAUCGUGUGUAUGUGUGCAUACAUUGGAGAAUAAAGUAGUUCUAUAUAUAAUCACGUGUACACGAAUUUAAUUGAAUAAAAGUUAGGCAAGUUCAGUCGAGAAAAAAUGGCAACAGUAUUUAAUAGUCAGCUUCGAUGUUUAUUGAAUUGCUAUAUCGCGAUACCCGGUGUAGUAUUUGCAUCACGUAAUAAACCGUAUAUAAUAGGCGCGCUUUCUCACACAUAAAGGCAAGGCAAUGAUUCCGUAGGCCCCUGGCGUCUCCUCAACCAGUUUUACUUCGAGCACCCACUUUUAGGCUUAACGUUUGGAUCGUCGUGUGUCAUAUUGUCAUUUAAGGGAAAAUGCAUUGCGAGAUAGAAAUUAAGGCAGGCAAUGGGCGUCAUUUAGGCGAUCUCGCAGUGUUUGUAAAAAUAUUUGUACGCCUACGUCAUUCGAGAUGAUCGAAGACGACAAAAAAAAGAGGAGAUUCGGGCAUUAUUCUGAACUUUUUGGCUAACCGAGACUGCAAGCGGUCGUUUGGUUUCAUCGAAAACUACAGGUCGGGAAGGACGAAUGUAUAGUUGUCUCUACUUUUAAGCGCACAAGUAGUUUUUAAGGUAAAUCAAAGGGAAGGAAGCGCCGCGUUUCUCGAUAUCGCGGACGGAAUGUCGAAUUUUCGAAAUUUAUAUCCGCGAUAUAUAAUCUUACUCUCGUCGCGCGAUUGAUCAACCGAGAUAUAUAUCAAUGAAUUAAUUCGCUAACAAAUUUCCGAGGAGAGCAUCUCCUAGCGUGUAAAAUUCUCAUUGACGAAAAAAAAAAUUUAUCACGCAUUUCGAGAGAGAGAUAAAGAGAAAAAACGCGAUACCUUCUUUUUCGAAUGCAUUCAUAUCGAGAACUGGUAAAAUUUAUCGCAUUAGACAAAACGCGUCGUCGACGGAAAAUUCACGAAAAUUUGGUCGCCGUGUUUUCUUAGGAUUAAGGAGUCAUGCGAAUUUGCAUGUGCGUGUUUGAAUCUUGGCGCGAGAACCGGAAGGAUCGAUCGAAAAGCAAAUAAAUCGAACUGGAGCGGAUAUCCGAUUGCAUGCAACGCGGAACAAAAAUGAAUAUAUCCCGAUACAAAGAUCUGCAAAUAUAUACAUAUACGCAUAUGUAUGCGCAAAUAAACAGACUGAAUGUAAUAUAUCGGCGAAGUGUAACCAAUUAAACGCGGAGAGAAGCAAUUUUCAGCGAGUGAUCGAAUCUUAAUAGAAUUAACGAAAGAAAGACCGAGAAAUAAUCAACUGUGGUUUCAGCUCUGGAAAAAAGGAAGGCUCAACGUUUGCAAUCCGACAAAUGUGGAAAAAAAACCUAAACUUCGCUGAAGAAAAUAGUCGCUAAAUGUGAUAGAAAAAUAUUCGAGAAAUAUCAAUUAAUGUGUGAUUAAUUGAUAUAAAUAAUAUAAAAGCGUAAGCUCUUUUUUUUAACUACUAACGCGAAGGGAGAGCGAAUUUAUUUGAAAGUGAAAUCUCAUUUGGAACACUUUUACAUAUAUGUAAUAGAAAUCUUCUAUUAUAUACGAUUUUGUCGUGUCUCUUUGGCGGUUCUUUAACUGCAUAAGUAAUAAAAAUAAUUGACGGUUUGA